ACAAAGUGGUUCUUCCUCGCGCUCGGGGGCAUUUUUCCGCACAGUCUUUUCGUCUGGCGCGCUGUUUGCACACGCCGGCGCUCCGCGACGCUUUCAGUUUUUUUUUUCCGUCACUAUCAUUUCGUCGUUUCCCAUAUUAUUUAUUAAUUUCUCCUCUCUCUACACGUUUCUCCAUCGGCCGUCACCUCGCCGCGUUCGCCGGUCGUAGUCCGCGCACGUUGAGUACUUUUCGAUUUCAAAAAAAAAAAAAAAAAAAUCGUCGUUACGAGUUCGAAAUUUCCGCGGCCAGAAAUAACCGUACGCGCGCGCGCGACACACAGUCGGCACGCCGGUAGUACAGUAGUAGUUGCCGCGGUCUACGGUCCCCCGAUCGGUUAGUCUGUCCAUUUCUGUCCGUCUGUCCGUCUACCUUAAUCGAAAUAAUAUAUUAUUCUUUCGAAUUAGACCUGUUAGGUUUUCCUCUUCGAGGCGGCCGCCCACUACCUAGGCCACCGCUGCGCGCCCACUUUCCGAGGUCGCGUUUUCCGCCCGACCAACAGGUAUUGCCGACUUUCAAACGGUAUUUUUCCUUCGCGAAUACCGCCGAUCAUCGAUAUCGGGUCGAUGUCGAUCAAUCUGUCGUCGUCGCGUUGCUGUUGUUGCCGUAGCUCGUCAUCGACGAUGUGAGAUUGGAAAUAUAUAUUUUUUCAAAUCUCAACAGUUUCCCGCCACUUAGUCGUCGCCGUCAACAUUGAUAUCGUUUGAGAACGUGUAAGAAUCAUUUCAACGAGGAGUGAGUACUUAACUCGUCGUCGUCGUCUUCUUCGCCCUCGUCUUCGGUGGAGAAAUACGACCGUCUUCGAUAAGACCAAACAGAAUUCCAAGAAGUAGUGAACGGCGCCGUUCCGCCGACCCUAACGCCGCCGCCGACAAUAUGGGUCGUAAGAAAAUACAGAUAUCGCGGAUCACCGACGAACGCAAUCGCCAGGUUACCUUUAACAAGAGAAAAUUUGGCGUAAUGAAAAAAGCAUAUGAACUGAGUGUGUUAUGUGAUUGUGAAAUUGCUCUAAUCAUAUUCAGCAGCUCUAAUAAAUUGUAUCAAUAUGCUAGUACAGACAUGGAUAAAGUGUUGCUCAAAUAUACAGAGUACAACGAACCUCAUGAAUCACUCACCAAUAAGAAUAUUAUCGAACAAUUGAACAAAAAAGAACUUAAGGGUGGUGCAUUGAGCCCCGAGAGCCCAGAUGAAAGUUGUGAUGGUACACAAGGACCAUAUCAACUUACGCCCAGAACUGAAGCUAAAUACAGUAAAAUCGAUGAAGAGUUUCAGUUAUUAAUGCAACAUCAAAGAAUGGCGAGAAAUAAUGUAAGUGCUAACUAUUCACUUCCCACUACUAUGCCUGUAAACAACAUGUAUAAUGACUCUGGGAAUUUACAACUGCAACACAACGCUAGCCCAAGACCUCCGUCUUCAUCUGAUGCUGAUUCCGUUUACCCUCCUGGUAGUAUGUUGGAAAUGAGUAAUGGAUACCAAGCAUCGUCAUCGCCUGCACUAGUCAAUUCACCUUCUUCUCCGGGACAACUAGUCAUGUCACCAUCGCCUACGCCCAAAGCCUUAAAUGCUUCUAAUAGAGCUACUCCACCGCCUAGACAUCAUUCACCUAGACCCAAUUUGCGUAUAGUCAUGCCCAAUGCUCCUAGUCAUCACGAAGAUAAUAAUGCAAACUCUAUUAACACACCAACUGUCUCUCUAAACACACCAGUUGUAGCGCUUCAUACACCUGGAUUGGGUGGUUCGUAUCAUGGGAUUUUUACUGAUCUUACAUCUACUGACAUGGGUCUUUCAUCAGCAUUGAAUUGGUCUAAUCAACUAGCACACAACAGUGGAAUGUCUCACCUAGGAGUACCUAAUUCAUCACCGCCUUCUUCACCAUCACCAAAUUCCGUCCGCAUUAAAAGCGAGCCUAACUCACCACCACAUUUACAUCACCAUACGUCUUCAGCAACCUCUGGAACAGCACCUAACACUGUUGUUUCGCAUUCUAUAAGUCAUUUAUCUUUACCACAUGCUCACACUUCAAUACCGUCCCAUCACUUGUCAGUCACUGAACGUUUUAUACUAGGCGGACAGUUGCCCAGUAACCAGAGCUUAGUAGAUUCAAGACAUGACUUUGAAGGAGGACCACCACCAAAAAGAUUGCGUGAUACUUGGCCAACAUGACUAAAUUGUUAAGUACAGAUGACAUCACACUGCUACUUCAUCCAAAAUAUUUUUCUUGAACAUAUAGAUUAUUUAUUUUAUAUUUAUGGACCGCAUGACUUCUACUCUCUAUUCAGGACAACUUAUUAUGACUUACAUUAAGUAACAAAAUUAUUUUUGAAAAUUCCUUUUUCUUUUUGUCCCAUGUUUUUCAUUUUUGUUUUUUUUUUUUUCAUUGUUACUCUAUAACAUAUCUUGACUAUGUUCUUAACAUUUGUAAAUAAAUUUGUAUUUAUUACUUCUAUUUUGUCAGUUAUGAUAAUAUGCUGAUUCAAAUACAUAUUACAAAAAGUUAAUGUCUAGUCCUGUUACAAUAGAAUGUAGGCUACAUUUACUAGUCAAUAAAACAAUAAGAUGAAAAUUGAUUAUAUUGGCCAAAAUUCAAUUAUAGACUAAGUAAAUAUUAUAUUGUUGUUAAAUUACACUAACAUAUUUUAAAUUAGUUGUUUUGUUUGUUAAAUAACAUUUGAGAGUAAAUUUAAAUUAAAAUUUCACAAAUUGUAUGUACAUUAUUGUUGUGUGAUCAUAUAGUAGAUACAAAAACUAUACAAUAUAUAUAUGUAUAUAUAUAUAUUAUAAUAAUAACUCCUUUUUAAGUACAUAAGUUGAAAUAUUUAUUUAAAAAUAUUAGGUUUUUUGUUUUGUAUAAGAUUUUGAUACCUAAUAAUUGUGUAUGAUAAUAAUAUGUUAAAGUUAUAUUUUUAAGUGCAAUUUCAUGGCCAUUAUUUUCAAUCAAAAUUAUUAACAAAAGUGUAUACCAUUUAUAAAGUUAGUGGAUAUUUUUGUAAAAAGGAUAAAAUUGUGAAAACCUUUAAAGAAAUUAUUAUGUUUAGUGUGUAAGCGGUGCUAUGUGUAAACUUUUUGGUGCCAUUUAAAUAUUUUAGUCAGCACUAUGUUUUACCUGAUUUUAGUUUAAUUGUUUUGUUACAAAUAAUAGUAGGUAUUGUUCUUGCGACACACAUUAGUAGGCUCAAUUUUCUAUUUAAAUAUAAUAUGAUUAAUUUGUAUAAAACGUAACAAUGAUGACCACAGGGCAGACAUAUUUUCAUUGAAAUUAUAUUCGAGAGCUUACUUAUUUUAUAUUUUUGACCAUUGUAACAUAAUACAGGGUUCGUUUAUGAAAAGUUUACAAACAAAAUUAAAAUUAUUUAAAGGGUUUAAUCGAAUAUUAUUUUAUUCUUUCUAGUUUUUCAACACAUUAUUUUUCUCGUUAUUCUUAACACUUGUUGUAUAUUCAUAUUAUGUACUGAUUGUAAAUUUAACAUAUUAGAGCAUGUUUGUUAAGAUAUAUAAUAUAUAUAUAUAUAUAUUUAUAUAUAUAAAAAUAUAAAUUACUCAUUUUGUUAUAUACUAUUUUUUUUCUUUUUUAAAUAUAAAUCAAACAGUGCACAAUGAUUUUAUUUUUUAGUUUGACCAACAUUUGUGUACCCCAGCAUUAUUUUAGUAUCGUUUGUUUGUUCUUUUUUUUCUGCUAACAUUAACAUAAAGUACUUUAUAAAAAUGGCAAGGCCGAAAGUGCAAUAAAUUAAUUUAUACUAUGUACAAAUUUUUAAGUUAAUCAGAAAAUCAUGUUUACAGGCCGUUUUUAUUAUUUUAUUUUAGAUUUAUUUUAAUUUUUUUUUUGUUUUUUCUUUUGUUUAUCAUUUGUAUAUUGAUUGCCAAAAAAUAUAGGUUAUAUUAUCAUA